CGAUUCCAGACGCUCGCGAUCUUCUCGAAGCUGGAGGACAAUUUGAGAAGCAGAAUGUUGAAGUACACGCCGGAACAUGUUGCCUGCAUGGCACACUUUUGGGGUCCUAUAACUCCGCAGAGCACCGGGGUUGUAGCUGUGCAGGACGUUGCUAGCAGAGCGCCGGGAUUCAGAAUAGCGGCGACCGGUUCUGUAGUCGAGAUGGACAAGAGCACGCAGAUCAUGAAAAAGCUGAAGCUCACCGGCGUCCCCAUGAAGAUCUACAAAAAGACUGCAUUCAUCAAGGACAUGUUCAAUAGUGCCCUCGAGGUGGCAAAAUUCGAGGGUGCCAAGAUAAAAACAGUGUCGGGUAUACGCGGUCAAAUAAAAAAAGCUGUAUCGAAGCCGGAGGGUUGCUUCCGGGCGACGUUCGAGGACAAGAUACUUCUAAGCGACAUCGUAUUUUGCCGCACCUGGUACAAAGUCGAUGUCCCGAGAUUCUAUAACCCUGUCACGUCGCUUUUAUUACCGGCUGACGAGAAGAACCGUUGGCAAGGAAUGAAAACGACCGGACAGUUGAAAAGGGAACUAAACAUUCGUAUGCCGGCGAACGCGGACUCGAUGUACACGAACAUCGAAAGAGAACCAAAGAUCUUCAGACCUUUGUCUAUUCCUCGAAGCUUGCAGAAGGAGCUUCCUUACAAAGAUAAACCAAAGAUGAUGUCACAUCCUGGAAGACGCAAGCCGAAGUUCAAAGACGGCAGAGUGGCGGUAGUGCGCGAACCUAAGGAAGAGAGGGUGGCGAGGCUCAUGCAAAUGAUUAAAACCAAUUACGCUCACAAACAGAAACAGUUGAAGCUAGCCAUGAAGAAAAGAAUCGAGGCUCACCAGGCUCAAAUUUCCGCGGAGGAAGCGCGAAAACUUCAAAGACACAAGGAAAUGAAGAAACAAGUGUUCAGAGAACUCAGCAAGUUAGAGAAAAAGAAG